AUAAUUUAGAAUAGGAGUAGGUUUGGUUUAUUUUUUUACACCAAACGGAAUAGGAAUGUUUGAAAUACAAAAGGUUUUUGGGACUGGUAAAGUAACUGUUCUGUUACCACUAUCUCAUCAUAAGUCCCAGCGGUUCCAUUUCUUUUUCGCAGAUUUGUUGUAGGUUUCUUGAAGGAACUGGUGUUAUAGAGAGAAAAGAUAAAGAUACAGAGAGAGAGAGGGAAGAUGACGGAGAAGCCUGAAGUUCUGGAGGCUGUGUUGAAGGAAGCUGUGGAUUUGGAAAACAUACCCAUUGAGGAAGUUUUUGAGAAUCUGAGAUGUAGCAAAGAGGGUUUAUCCGCUGAGUCUGCUCAGCAAAGGCUGGAGCUUUUUGGCUACAACAAACUUGAGGAGAAGAAGGAGAGUAAAUUCUUGAAAUUUUUGGGCUUUAUGUGGAACCCUCUGUCAUGGGUGAUGGAAGCUGCUGCUAUCAUGGCGAUUGCCCUUGCCAACGGUGGAGGCAAGCCUCCUGAUUGGCAAGACUUUGUGGGUAUAAUCACCCUGCUUGUGAUUAACUCGACGAUUAGUUUCAUUGAAGAAAACAAUGCAGGAAACGCUGCUGCUGCUCUCAUGGCUCGUCUUGCUCCCAAAGCCAAGGUUCUUCGAGAUGGAAGGUGGAGUGAGGAAGAUGCUGCUAUUUUAGUGCCUGGAGAUGUCAUUAGUAUUAAACUCGGAGAUAUAGUUCCAGCCGAUGCUCGUCUUCUUGAGGGUGAUCCUUUGAAAAUUGACCAGUCUGCUCUAACAGGCGAGUCACUUCCUGUGACAAAAGGACCUGGUGAUGGUGUUUACUCUGGUUCGACCUGCAAGCAAGGAGAGAUUGAGGCUGUAGUCAUUGCCACUGGCGUUCACACCUUCUUUGGGAAGGCUGCUCACCUUGUUGAUUCCACUAAUCAAGUGGGCCACUUUCAAAAGGUCUUGACUGCGAUUGGAAACUUCUGUAUAUGUUCUAUUGCGGUGGGAAUGAUAAUCGAGAUUGUUGUGAUGUACCCCAUCCAAGAUCGGAAGUAUCGCCCUGGAAUUGACAAUCUUCUUGUGCUUCUUAUUGGAGGGAUUCCGAUCGCCAUGCCCACGGUUCUAUCGGUAACAAUGGCCAUUGGAUCUCAUCGUUUAGCUCAGCAGGGAGCUAUUACAAAGAGAAUGACAGCAAUAGAAGAGAUGGCAGGCAUGGAUGUGCUCUGUAGUGACAAGACUGGAACUCUAACGUUGAACAAGCUUACUGUUGACAAGAAUCUUAUUGAGGUUUUUGCCAAAGGAGUGGACCCAGAUUCUGUAGUUUUGAUGGCAGCUCGGGCCUCACGGACGGAAAACCAGGAUGCAAUUGAUGCUGCUAUAGUUGGGAUGUUGGCCGAUCCAAAGGAGGCACGUGCUGGCAUCCGAGAGGUACAUUUCCUGCCAUUCAACCCUACUGACAAGAGAACAGCAUUGACUUAUAUUGACAGUGAAGGUAAAUGGCAUAGAGUCAGUAAAGGUGCACCCGAGCAGAUUCUAAAUCUUGCACACAAUAAGACGGAUAUAGAGCGCAGGGUUCAUGCUGUGAUUGACAAGUUUGCAGAGCGCGGUCUGCGGUCACUGGCUGUAGCAUACCAGGAAGUUCCGGAGGGAAGGAAAGAGAGUGCUGGAGGCCCUUGGCAGUUCACUGGUCUCAUGCCUCUCUUUGACCCACCUAGGCAUGACAGUGCAGAGACAAUAAGAAGGGCUUUAAAUCUCGGAGUGAGCGUUAAAAUGAUUACAGGGGAUCAACUGGCAAUAGGAAAGGAAACUGGCCGCCGCUUGGGAAUGGGAACCAACAUGUAUCCUUCUUCUGCUUUGCUGGGACAGAACAAGGAUGAGUCAAUCGUUGCUUUACCAGUUGAUGAGCUCAUAGAAAAAGCUGAUGGUUUCGCUGGCGUCUUUCCUGAGCAUAAGUAUGAGAUAGUGAAGCGCUUGCAAGCUAGGAAACACAUCUGUGGCAUGACUGGUGAUGGGGUCAAUGAUGCUCCUGCUCUUAAGAAGGCUGACAUUGGUAUUGCUGUUGCUGAUGCAACUGAUGCAGCCCGAAGUGCUUCGGAUAUUGUCCUUACUGAACCUGGCCUUAGUGUUAUUAUUAGUGCUGUUUUGACUAGUCGGGCAAUUUUCCAGAGGAUGAAAAACUACACGAUUUAUGCCGUUUCCAUUACCAUCCGUAUAGUGCUUGGCUUUAUGUUGCUGGCCCUGAUAUGGAAGUUUGACUUUCCACCUUUUAUGGUUCUUAUCAUUGCUAUCCUCAAUGAUGGUACCAUUAUGACAAUAUCAAAGGAUAGGGUGAAACCAUCUCCUCUGCCGGACAGCUGGAAGCUGGCUGAGAUUUUUGCAACAGGCGUUGUUCUUGGUAGCUACUUAGCAGUGAUGACAGUCAUAUUCUUUUGGGCGGCGUAUAAAACAGACUUCUUUCCGAGGGUGUUUGGGGUAUCGACUCUUGAGAAAACUGCUCACGACGACUACAAGAAGCUUGCUUCAGCUGUAUACCUUCAAGUGAGCACAAUCAGUCAGGCUCUCAUAUUUGUUACGCGAUCUCGAAGCUGGUCCUUUGUUGAGCGUCCUGGCUUGUUGCUUGUGGUGGCUUUCGUGAUUGCUCAAUUAAUUGCUACUCUUAUUGCUGUUUAUGCAAGUUGGAGCUUUGCUGCAAUUGAAGGAAUCGGGUGGGGUUGGGCUGGUGUGAUUUGGCUUUAUAAUAUCAUAUUUUACUUCCCGCUAGACAUCAUAAAGUUCUUAAUCCGCUAUUCUCUCAGUGGGAGGGCCUGGGAUCUUGUUCUUGAGAAUAGGGUUGCUUUCACAAGGAAAAAAGAUUUUGGAAAGGAACAGCGUGAACUUCAAUGGGCACAUGCUCAAAGAACCUUGCAUGGGCUUGAAGUACCAGACCCUAAGAUGUUUGGUAACGGAACCACUUUCACAGAGCUUAAUCAGAUGGCCGAAGAAGCCAAAAGGAGAGCUGAAAUUGCAAGGUUGAGAGAACUACACACUCUGAAAGGUCACGUGGAAUCUGUGGUGAGAUUGAAGGGUCUUGACAUAGACACAAUUCAACAAGCAUACACAGUUUGAGGAGAUUAACUAAUUUACCGGUACCGAGGGUAAAGACUACUAUGAUCAUUUCCCUGCGACUUAACUUGAAACACUUUUGAUUGGUGCAUCUGUGCUUUCCAUUGUUGUAUUCCUUUGUGUUAUUUAACACACAUUACCCUGGAGUUUUCCAAUAUGGACGGAUCGAUGCAGUUGUUAUGUCAAAAUUUAGUGUUUUAUCACAGUAAUGUAUCACAGCAAUGUUUGUGUUC